AAAAGGGGGUGCAGAGGCCCUGCCAAAUUAGCUCUUCGGUAGUUUCUUAACAUCUAGACAGCAGGAUGUAGAAUAGGGCACCAGGGGCCGGAGAGGCCGAAUCUCAGAGCGCUGCGGGCGCUGCUGGUGAUAAAAUAGUAUGAUAAAGUAAUAAGGGCGGGGGAGGGGUAGGGGGCGGGAAAGAUUCUUUGCGAAAGAAAAAAAAAUGAAGAAAGCUCCACUUGAAGACCUAUGAAAUUUCCGACACUAGAACCUUUGUAUAUAGCUUUUGGUAACCUUCGGCAGGGGGCGCUCGGAAAUUGUCGCCAUUUUCCGGACAGCCUCCUGGACUUUACCCUUUAGAAAUUGUACAGUGUUUCCGGCUUUUCUCAGUUGUAGACGCUCGUAAGUUUUCGGCAGUUUCCGGGGAGACUCGGGGACGCGACUGGCUUGCUCUGUUCAGAUCGCCCCGUGCGGUGGUGCAGGGUCUCGGGCUAGUCAUGGCGUCCCCGUCUCGGAGACUCCAGACGAAGCCAGUCAUUACUUGUUUCAAGAGCGUCCUGUUGAUCUACACUUUCAUCUUCUGGAUUACUGGUGUUAUCCUUCUUGCUGUUGGCAUUUGGGGCAAGGUGAGCCUGGAGAAUUAUUUCUCUCUUUUAAAUGAGAAGGCCACCAAUGUCCCCUUUGUGCUCAUUGGCACUGGCACUGUCAUUAUUCUUUUGGGCACCUUUGGCUGUUUUGCUACCUGCCGAGCUUCUGCAUGGAUGCUAAAACUGUAUGCAAUGUUUCUGACUCUCGUUUUUUUGGUUGAACUGGUCGCUGCCAUCGUAGGAUUUGUUUUCAGACAUGAGAUUAAGAACAGCUUUAAGAAUAACUAUGAGAAGGCUUUGAAACAAUAUAACUCUACGGGAGAUUAUAGAAGCCAUGCAGUAGACAAGAUUCAAAAUACAUUACAUUGUUGUGGUGUCACCGAUUAUACAGAUUGGAAAGAUACUAAUUAUUACUCAGAAAAAGGAUUUCCCAAAAGUUGCUGUAAGCUUGAAGAUUGUUCUCCCGAAAGAGAUGCAGAUAAAGUAAACAAUGAAGGUUGUUUUAUAAAGGUGAUGACCAUUAUAGAGUCAGAAAUGGGAGUUGUUGCCGGAAUUUCUUUUGGAGUUGCUUGCUUCCAGCUGAUUGGAAUCGUUCUAGCCUACUGCCUCUCCCGUGCCAUAACAAAUAACCAGUAUGAGAUAGUGUAACCAUCUAAUCUGCGGAUUUAUUCCUCUCCAACUGUAAGGACACUUAGGUUCCCCCCUGUGAACUACAAUAUCGCCUGGAUGGAGGACUGACGACUCUACUUACCAAUAGACCAAGAAACUACCCCAAUAGUCUGAUUCAAUCAAGAUAUUUGUUCUAACUCAACCUUAUGUCCCAUUUUAUGUCCGAUUCACGUUAGAUCAUUGAAACCCUGUAACACUCUGAAACACUGGAAGAGCUAGUAAAUUGAAAAUGAAAUAUUGUGUUCCUCUUGACUUUUAUUUUUCACAGUAUGGGGUCUUUGAAAGGCUCUGUGAAUUUGCUGUUUUGAUGUAGUAUCAUAAACUGCAGCAAAAAAGGACCCCUCUGAUUUUACGAUUGAUGUAGUAUGAUAGAAAAUAGAUUUUUCUGAACUGGUGCCUUCCUAGCCAAGGUUAUUUGGUUUGAUUGUAUAAUUUUCAGCGAAAGUAAAAAUGUUUCAUUAAUCUGUGUUCUGCUGAUAGGCCGAGCCACAUUGUCUACUUCCAGUCAGUCAUUGGAUGUCAUUGACCAUCAGGGGUGCCAGAUGGUGGUAAUGCUGUAAGGCCUUCGGUCUCAUGCACCUAAUACUAAAAGAUACAAAUGUGUUCUACAACACAUCAGGUUUCAUUUUUACAAUUUAUAUUUCUUUGCCUCCAAAUUAAGGUGUUUAUACUGAUGUUUCUAUUUUCCUUAUUUUUUGAAAGGUUCUAAUGAUUACUUUAAUCAUGUCGGAAUGAUUUUCUUUUCUUUAGGAAUUUAAUGGAACUUCAUCUUCAUUUUCUUUAGUUGGUAUUUCCUUUCCAGGUUGAUAUGACUCGAUUGUUAAUAUUAUGGUCAAUUUUAUUAGUCUUAGUUUUGGUUUGUGCCUUUAAUUAAUAAAUAUAAAUCUUUUACACAAUAAA